UUCCAGGUUGGCUUUGUAUUUGCUCUACUGCUCCCCCUGCUGGCUGAGUCUGUGCCUGUCGCUCUAAAUUUGUAUCCAUUGGAUUGUGCAGAGCUCUACGAAAAUGGUCACACUCUCAAUGGAGUUUACACCAUUUACCCUGCUGGACCUAACUCACCUGUGCAUGUUUACUGUGACAUGGGCUGUGAGGGAGUCCACGGAGAAGAGGGACAAUGGACAGUGAUUCAGAGGAGAAUGGAUGGAACAGUGAAUUUCUACAGGCCCUGGGAUCAAUAUAGGAAAGGCUUUGGUGACAGUGAAGGAGAAUAUUGGCUGGGGCUAGAAAACAUCUACCAGCUGACUCGGAGAAGGAAGUAUGAGCUGAGAGUGGACAUGGAGGAUUUUGAGGGAGGGAUGGUUCAUGCCCAGUAUUCCUCUUUCUCCAUAGACUCUGAGACAGAGGGCUACAGACUGCAUGUUAGUGGAUACACUGAUGGAGGUGCAGGUGACUCUCUGACAACUCACAAUGGACAGAAGUUCUCCACUUUUGACAGAGACCAGGACACACAAGGUGCACUGAAUUGUGCCAGAAAAUAUCUUGGAGCAUUCUGGUACGCUACUUGUCAUAACGUCAAUCCAAAUGGCGUCUACCUGUGGGGGAGUGAUGGCACUCAUUAUGCAAUUGGUGUUGAAUGGAAAACCUGGAAAGGUUAUAACUACUCUCUGAAAAAAAUAAGCAUGAAAAUCAGGCCAGUGCCAUAA